CACAACUUCCAAAGUGUUUGCUCACCAGUUUGGUCACUCAACUCCUAAAUCUAAAAUCAAAACAGACCAGAUAGAAACGACACAAAACCGAGAAAUAGGAACCCUAAUAACGCAUUUUUGCCUCUUUUUAUUAAUCCAAAUUUUCAACGAACCAACGGUUAGGAUGAGCUCUGAACCGAAUGAUGGGGCUGGUGACAAGGGGGCCAUAAUGGAGCAAGUGGCUGGUGGUCACAAGAGGUUGGCCUUGGACCUGGCCCUGGCCAAUGUGGUGGAUCUUGCCCGUCGCCUGAACCUGACCAGCGUUGAGGGUUAUGGCUGCUUGGAAACGGGGGCUGAGCCGGAUGGCCAGAAGUCGGGAGAUGACACCGCACGUGCUCCGUGCUCUGUGCCACCAGUCGGUGGCUGCAAGAGGACCUAUUUGAAGCCCAAGCGGGGACGAGCCAGAUUCCGCAGGACGGAGGCCCGACCCCAGACACCACGUGGCGUCCAGUGUUUGACCGCCCAUCUGCCGGUUCCACCGCCACCACCACCACCCUCUCCUCGCUGUCCACAGGCCUGGGAACUUUGUUCGGCCCUGGAUCGGGCCGAGGACAUAGUGAUCCAGUCUGGCAAGACGGACGAACUGCUGGACCAGCUGCUGUACGAGGCCAAAAUCAUUGACCAGCAGGUGAUCCUCCAGGGUCGUAUGCAACGGGACGUGGAGAUGAUCCGCUGCCUGGAGACGGAGUUCUCUGGCCGAUCCAUGCUCUACCUAACCGAGGCCAUUCGAGCGGAUUGCGAGAGCCAGCAUGUCCAGGAGCUGCGCAAUCGAUGCAUUCGCACCCUGAAACGCCACGAGGCACGGCUCAUGAAUCUGGGGCUGCAGUCCGAGGUGGACGAGUCCCAGGACGAGGGCAACGGCAAGGGCACCCAAACCGAUAUCUAUGCUUAUCAGGAUACGAUCGUGCCGACACUGGUCGACUUCGAAUUGCCAUUGGAUGUACAGGAACCCGGACCAGGAGCACACAAGGCAGGCAGAUCCGGAGCAGGCGAUGGCCACCAAGGCGAGAAGAAAGUCCAGGAUUAAUAGCAUUUAAAUAAAGAUAAGCUAACGAAUGCAAUUAUCGUUCAUUGCAGCGAAAAGUACUUCUUUAACAGCUUUUAAGCUAUGAGUAAACAUAUUUUUAAAAAUAAAAUCCCAUCCAAACAAUGUAACUAAACUAUAGCUAUGCAUAUAUGUAUGUAUU